AUGGGCCCUACCCACGUUACUUGUUUCAGAUGUGGUCAGCAAGGUCACAAAGUAGCCAAAUGCAAACAAAAUCCUGGUCAUCAACAACAAACUCAUUCUCAAAGCAAAGCCCAAGGAAGAGGCCAGUUGCCUACAUGUUAUCAUUGUAAGCAAUCAGGGCAUAUGAAGAGGUCUUGUCCACAACUAGUCAUGAUAAGGAGUGCUUCUAGAUCCCAAAGUUUUGGGAGUUAUCAGGAAGGCCAAGGUCAGAGGCAGAAUUACCAAUCAGUUCAGUCCAGGCAGACAUUAAGGGCAGUACAACGGGCCGCAUCAACACAGUUAACACAACCGACCAACGUUUUGACAGGAGAUCAAGAUGUCGGGUUUGAUGUCAUUCUUGGUAUGGACUGGUUAUCCUCUUAUCGUGCCAUCAUAGAUUGCUACCGUGGAAGGGUUACUGUAUGUACCGCUAGGGGGGACUAUUUUUAUUUUCUGGGGAAUAGAGCCGAUGAAGGGUUGUUACCAUUGUAUGACCCGCAAAGUCGAGGCAAACUUAGUUUUCUUCUUGCAACUAUUGUCGAUGAUAAGAGUAAUACAAUUAGAGAAAUAUUUCCUAAGGUGGUUUGUGAGUAUCCAACUGUUUUUCCUGAGGAUCUCACGGAGUUACCACAUUAUCGUGUGGUAGAAUUCUCUAUAGAUCUGGUGCCUGGUGCAACACCCAUCUCCAUGUUGCCAUAUAGAUUUGCCCUAGCAGAGCUACUUGUCCUAAAGGAGCAAUUACAGGAAUUGUUAGACAAGGGUGUUAUACGCCCUAGUACCUCGCCAUAG